UCUGUCUGUCUUCCUCGUCUCACCUCUGGAACAGCAUCUUAGGUUUCAACCCUUGAAUUAUAACCGUGUCAGUACAUGCUCCAGCCUACUCUGAAUGCAGCAGGGAAAUGAUUGAUAUGGGACCAGACCAGUCCUCUUCAGGAUUGUGAGACCUCCACUCUGAGAGUUAUAAUGAGUUAUCAUCAGAUUGAUAUGGGACCAGACCAGUCCUCUUCAGGAUUGUGAGACCUCCACUCUGAGAGUUAUAAUGAGUUAUCAUCAGGUGGCUAAGGGUGGAGCCAUCCCUAAAGAAAGACAUAAGGAUCUUGAUGAGACCAUGGACCCUGAUAUGAAGAGUGUCCAUGUGCAUAAAACAGACUUUCCUACACCCAGCUGGGAGUCCACUAGAAUACUGGAGAGUGACGGAGAACUAAGGAUCCAUAUGGAGAGACCAGAGUCACCAGCCCCCAGUUACCUAUCAAUGAAGAGUCACCAAUCUAUGGAAACACCUAAUUCUUUCAAGGAAGGAGACUUUACUCAAAAAGAGAUGGUCCAUCUGGAGAGAGCAGAGUCACCAUCCCAGAGUUGUGUAUCAGAGAAGACUCACCAAUCAAUAGAUCCUCCUGUCUCUUUCAAGGAGGAAACCUCUACUCAACAAGAAGACAUCCGACCAGGAGAGGUGGUAUGUGAUGUAUGUGAGGUCAAAGCUGUGAAGUCCUGUCAGACCUGCACUCAGUCCUACUGUGAGACCCACGUUAGGAAGCACUACACAGUACCUAAACUACAGAGACACACCCUGGUGGAUGUGACUGGAGACCUGUUCAGAGACACCCUGUAUAGAGGAGACGCCCUGUAUAGAGGAGACGCCCUGUAUAGAGGAGACCCCCUGUAUAGAGGAGACCCCCUGUAUAGAGGAGACCCCCUGUAUAGAGGAGACCCCCUGUAUAGAGGAGAUGCCCUGUAUAGAGGAGAUGCCCUGUAUAGAGGAGACCCCCUGUAUAGAGGAGACCCCCUGUAUAGAGGAGACCCCCUGUAUAGAGGAGACCCCCUGUAUAGAGGAGAUUCCCUGUAUAGAGGAGACCCCCUGUAUAGAGGAGACCCCCUGUAUAGAGGAGACCCCCUGUAUAGAGGAGACCCCCUGUAUAGAGGAGACACCCUGUAUAGAGGAGACACCCUGUAUAGAGGAGACACCCUGUAUAGAGGAGACACCCUGCAUAGAGGAGACUCCCUGUAUAAAGAAGACCUGCAGCAGAGACUCUGCCAGGAACACCACAGAGCUCUGGAGGUGUUCUGCAGGACAGACCAGGAGCUGAUCUGCAGUCUGUGUGUAGUAACAGAACACAAAGGACAUGAUACAGUCUAUGAUGAGAUAAAACAAGCAGGAAGACAGGUACCAGACGAAGAACACAACCAGAGACUGACUUUAAUUGAAGAAGAAGAUCCAGUUACCCCGACUACACAAGUGCCUCCCUUCCCUGGGAAGUUGGCCGGGAAAAGGUUGCAGCAUUUUCAGUGCCCAUCUGAGGUGUUAGGUGAACGCGUUGUCAAGAAGGAUGAGGCAUAUAGGGAAAUGGAAGUGAAAGAGCCAGUGCCAAAAGCCAGACAGUCUAAACCAAGGAAGGAGGGGUCCUCAGGAGCAACAACCCAAGAAGAAGAUCCAGUUACCCCGACUACACAAGUGCCUCCCUUCCCUGGGAAGUUGGCCGGGAAAAGGUUGCAGCAUUUUCAGUGCCCAUCUGAGGUGUUAGGUGAACGCGUUGUCAAGAAGGAUGAGGCAUAUAGGGAAAUGGAAGUGAAAGAGCCAGUGCCAAAAGCCAGACAGUCUAAACCAAGGAAGGAGGGGUCCUCAGGAGCAACAACCCAAGAAGAAGAUCCAGUUACCCCGACUACACAAGUGCCUCCCUUCCCUGGGAAGUUGGCCGGGAAAAGGUUGCAGCAUUUUCAGUGCCCAUCUGAGGUGUUAGGUGAACGCGUUGUCAAGAAGGAUGAGGCAUAUAGGGAAAUGGAAGUGAAAGAGCCAGUGCCAAAAGCCAGACAGUCUAAACCAAGGAAGGAGGGGUCCUCAGGAGCAACAACCCAAGAAGAAGAUCCAGUUACCCCGACUACACAAGUGCCUCCCUUCCCUGGGAAGUUGGCCGGGAAAAGGUUGCAGCAUUUUCAGUGCCCAUCUGAGGUGUUAGGUGAACGCGUUGUCAAGAAGGAUGAGGCAUAUAGGGAAAUGGAAGUGAAAGAGCCAGUGCCAAAAGCCAGACAGUCUAAACCAAGGAAGGAGGGGUCCUCAGGAGCAACAACCCAAGGACUCUGUCUCAGGGAGCUGUUGUCAAAGGCUGGACUGGAAGAUCAUUAUGAAAACAAGCUGACGUUAAGUUCUGUCCUUGAGAUAAAUGCUGAUACUACAUCAGAUGAACCCCUUACCACUAUGCAGUCACUUCCAGGGGCCUUCCUGAAGAAGUUAAUGAUGGCAAAUGUGAAUGCUAGGAGUGUGAAAUGUCUGACCACUGACCAGGAGGUUUCCUAUUAUGAUGUAGACAACCUGGACACUGACUCUGAUAGGAGCGAUGUCAUUAAUCCACUGGACCUGAUAACUGCCCUGUUUCUGUGUUCAGAUGGUUUCCUGCAGCAGGAGAUGGUCCAGAAAAUGUCCAUGUGUCAGUUUGCUGUUCCUCUUCUGCUGCCCAACUGUGACACAAAACAAAGCACUUUGAUGCUGUGGGCUUUGAGGGAUAUAGUGAAGAAGUUUAGAUCGUCUUCACAAACAGCCACAAUGGCUUUUGUAGAAGAGAGAAUAGUACUCUCUGAUGUUCCUAUGGUGUCAUUUGUUAAGUUAGGAGAGAUCAGCUUGUCCAAGUCUCAGAUCUUGAACAAGUUGCUAAGUAACCCUCAACAGUACCAUGACACAUUUGUUCAUUGUGAUAUGGAAUGUGGAGAUGCAUCUCGACAAAUCUCAGAUGGCCUCGUUGAAAUAAUUUGGUACCUUCCAUGUGGGAACAGAAACAUAGACAUUUUGACAGAGCCUGUGGCUGUUGCCAAUCUCAGAGGAGAUAUCAGGUCAUUUGAAAAACAGUUCUCCUUUCUGUGUCAAACAUCAGCGGCAGUUUACAUUUUCACUGAUGACUUAGAGGCAGAUUUCUUCAAGAUCUUGAAAAGCAAAAAAACUAAGGCAGAGUUAUUUCUGGUUGUCAACUCUCAAAGAAAAAUGUUCAGAGUAGACAUAUUGAAAAAACUUAUCAGAAACUGCGGUAUCAAUGAAAAAAACGUGAUUGUGAAAAAUAAACAGAAUGAUGCAGAAUUUGUCAAAAUCCUGCAGUCCUCUGUGGGUGACAUCAUCAAAAAAUGUCCAAACCGACUGACAAUUGAGAACAUGGCUGACAUGGCUCAACAGAUGGGGAUUCUGGUUGAUGAAGACUGUGAUGAGUGUCAGAGUGCCAGGAAGAUGGCAGAUGACAUCACCAGGAACAUCACAGACCCAAUCAAAUUCAAAAAUGAAAAGCUACCUUUACAAGGUCAAAUCUGGAAAGAGCUUUCCCAUUUGGAGAAAGAGAGAUGUAGGCUGAGAAAUGCAGGGGAUCAAGAAAUUGAACACUACAAGAGCUCUCUGAAGAAAAAGGAGAAAGAGCUGAGAGAGAGGCAACAUACAUUUGACAUGCCAGAUGCCAUGACAAGAUUCAUUUCAGGAUUGUCAGGUUCAGGAGCGGAGCGUUCCUAUUUCCUCAAAUGGAUGCGGAUAAAUCUGGACAAUCUGUCACGUCAGAACCUGUAUGCUUUGAGGGACCGGUACAAAGAUCUUUGCCAAAAUUCUCAGGAGAAAAAAGAUGACAUUAAAGAUUUGGAUAAGCAAUUAUCUGACUGUUCCUUGGGUCUUGAACACUUCCUGCGUGAGUUGGGACAGUUAUAUGAAGCUUCCUGCUCCCUUCCUGAAAGUAGCCAACAUCGGAAACAGAUGGAGAAUCUCCCUGGAUUGUGUGCUCAGAUGCUGUUGGAUGGUUUCCCCAUUGAGCUUGUGGAUGGAGAUGCAUCAAAUAUCCCUCUGAAGUGGAUAUCAGCUGUUCUGACUCAGCUUCAUACUCUUGUCCAAUCCAACAGCAAGGUCCGGGUUGUGACAGUUUUGGGGGUCCAAAGCACAGGGAAGUCCACUCUCCUCAACACCAUGUUUGGGGUUCAGUUUACUGUCAGCAGUGGAAGAUGCACUAGAGGGGCCUUCAUGCUACUGAUUAAAGUCAACAAAGAACUCAAGGAGGAGCUGAAAUGUGACUUCAUCAUGGUGAUCGACACAGAGGGGUUGAAAUCACCAGAGUUGGCUCAACUAGAUGACAGCCAUGAACAUGACAAUGAACUGGCCACACUGGUGAUAGGACUCAGUGAUGUCACUAUCAUCAACAUCGCCAUGGAGAACUCCACAGAGAUGAAAGACAUUCUGCAGAUUGCUGUUCAUGCUUUUAUCAGGAUGAAAGAAGUGGGGAAGAAGCCAGUAUGUCAUUUUGUGCACCAGAAUGUGUCAGACAUGUCUGCUCAUGACAACAACAUGAGAGACAGGAAGAAGUUGUUGGAACAGUUGAAUGAAAUGACCCAGGCAGCAGCCAGAAUGGAGAAGAAGGAGAAUAUCACCAAGUUCACUGAUGUGAUGGAGUAUGAUCCAGACACAAGCAGCUGCUACAUCCCAGGACUCUGGCAUGGGACUCCCCCGAUGGCUCCAGUCAAUGCAGGCUACAGUGAGGCGGUGUACAGCUUCAAGAAGACCUUAAUUAAAGAUUUCAGAAAACACCAGAGAAAUGAUGACUUGACACAUUUCCUGAAGUGGACACAAAGCUUGUGGGAGGCAGUGACAUUUGAGAAAUUCAUCUUUAGUUUCAGAAACAGCUUGGUUGCAGAUGCAUACUCCAGAUUAUGCUCUGAAUACAAUGGUUUGGAAUGGGCCUUCCAGAAAGAGAUGUAUACAUGGAUGGUGAGUGUUGAAACUAAAAUAUCCAAUAUUGGCAUGACAGAUCAACAUCCCCAGAGGUCCGUAAGAGAUGUGCUACAGGACUUGAUGAUAGAAGCAUCUGAGAAGAUUUCAGGGGGAGAAAAGAAAAUCCAAGGCAAUCUAGUGAAAUACUUUGAAAAACAAGAUGGUCAUGUCAAUCUGGUGGAAAAAUACAGGGAGGACUUUGUGUCCAGUGCCAAAACACUGAGACGAGAGACAGAAAACACAGUGAAGAACAAACUGCAAGGAGCUGUUGAGAUCAAAGAGGGAAUGACAGAACUGGAUGACAUCAAGUGCUCACAAGCAAGUACACUAGACAGAAAAGUGCUGGCUUUGCUUCAAACCUGUAAAAAUAACAAAUCUGUCCUAUCGGAUGAGGCCCUCAGAGAAGAGUUUGAAAGAAUGUGGAAGAAAACUCUGUCUGAGAUUAAAUUCAGAGGACUCCCAAGAAGACAUGUUGCUCAGGAUGCCUUCAGCAUUUUACAUGACCAUUUAUCUAUGAGGUCGGGUUAUGUCAAUAGUAUGUUGAUUGGAAACAGCUUGGUUGAUUGUGGGAAGACACCCUUUGUUGUAGAGUCAGGGGAUUGGUGGCCGAAGACUAAAAGCUUUGUGACGCGCUUGAAUAGAGACCCUCUCAGGAUGAAACUGCAAGAGUUGUGUGACAACAUCAUAAAAAGGUGUCAGGAGUUUAUAACCCAGAAGGUGAAAAACAAAACAGAUUACCAUGAUACUUUCAUCAAAGAGCUGCUUGAAAUAAUUGAUGAAACAUCUCAACAAAACAAGAAAUGUAAAGUUCCUGAGGAAUGUGAGGUUAAACUGAAGCUGCACAUCUGUGGCAUAGCAGCAAGAACAUUUCAGAAGAAACAUGAUGAUUUCAUUGCAUUCAAUGACCCAAGGAAGUGUCUGGAACAGUCUAAGAACAAGUACCUUACACUCUUCAUAGACUUAUUUCAUAACCGAGACCAGUGCCUAAAUAAAGCUGAAGAGUUCUCAAAGCUCUGUUUAGAGCCAGCUGUAAAGGACUAUGUGACCAAAAUGAUAUGUCCUGAUGUGAUUGAUGAAGUGAAGACAGGUAAAGGGUCAGAGGAUUACAGCACCCGAGGAGCUUUCCAGUUCUCCAUUUUGAAACAACUCCUGACUGAUGGAGAAUAUGAGAAAUAUAGAGAAUACAUAAACCGAUAUGAACGUUUUGUGAAGGACUGGCUGUUUGACCACAUUGUUCAACAACUCUCAAAGGACAACAGACUAGAGAAAUUGGAGAAUAAACAUGUUUCAGAGAUAGUCAAGAUCAUCACUGCGGCAAUUUCAAAGAUUAGAAACACAACCCACACUGUAAAAUAUAUCAAGACAUUCAUUCAGAAUAUGUGCUGUGCCCUUGAAGAAAAGCUUGUUUUUCCAAAGGAUGCUCUGGAUUCCAUCAUGACUCUGAACUACUCUGCUAACACAGAACAGUUUGCUGACGACCUUACAGGGUUUGUGGGAAAAAUGGAACAAUCACUGGCAGCUAAAUAUGAGAAGGAAGAAGACAUCAAAGAGAGACUCAAAUCUCUGCCAUUUAACCCUCGGGACAAGAUGUUCACCAGUAUGUUUGGAUGUGGCAAGCAAUGUCCAUUCUGCUGUGCACCCUGUGAAGCAGGAAGUAAGGAGCAUGACAAACACUUCACCUCCAUUCACCGUCCACAAGGUGUCAGGGGUUGGAUGAAUUUAAAGACAACUGUGUUAAGAACUGACAUAUGUUCAUCCUCUGUCAUUAGUGACAGAACAUUCAACACAAACCUGACAGGAGACAAACCUCACCCAUACAAGGACUACCAGACAUAUUACCCUGACUGGACCAUAACUGGAGAUCCCAGCAUCAAGGCUUCAGACUACUGGAAGUAUGUGAUGGACACAUUCAAUGAGACAAUUGCUAAAGACACACAUGCACUUCCUGCUGAUAUCCCAGAGGACUGGAAGGCAAUAACAACUGAUGAUGCACUGAAGAGCUUGAAAAAUGCAUUCAACAUGAAAUAAAGUGGAGAACGAUAUCAUGAUUCUUCUUGACUCAAACUUAUAAUUGGCCAAUCAAAGAUUUCAGACAUGGCAACCAGAAAUAUUUCACCAAGCAUUAAUUUUUUUUUUUAAAUCAAAAAGCCAGAAGCCGGUCACUUCAACCAAGUACUUGUGAAAAAAAUGGCUGAUCUCGCAAUUCCAAUACAAUUUCAUCAUCGCACAGCUGAUUGGGUACUUUUUACCUUUCACUUAUCUUGAUUGGUUUGUUGAAGGAAAAAACUAUUAAUAAAAAAGUACCACCUUUCACAAUCAUAAAAAACUAGAAACAUAUUAGACUAAACUAGGAUACUGACCAUCCAAAAGAUACCACGGAACACUUACCAGAUAGUUGCAGAUAAAAGCCUAUAUUAUAUUGGCAUAUCAAUGCAGGAACACAUGUCGCUACAGGAAACACCUUCAUCAAGGCCUUGUAGCAAGAGUAGUGUUUGAGUGGACAUCACUGAAUGACAGGUACCUGCAGUAUAGGAAGGAAGGAAGGAGGAGUUAUACCAUACAUACUAUAGACUGACAGAUACCUGCAGUAUAGGAAGGAAGGAGAUAUACCAUACAUACUGUAGACUGACAGAUACCUGCAGUAUAGGAAGGAA